AACCGAGCGAACAGGAGGGAGAUUACCGCCAUGGCGAGGAGCCUGCGUCCCGUGGUGGACCUCCGCGUCACCAAGAAUCCCGAGCCGGCCGAAGACCCUGCGCCAUCGCCUAUCGUCUGGCCGAACGCUUUGGCGCCCUCGUCCUCCUCGACACCUCCUCCGUCGCGUCCAGCCAUCCAUCGAUCCGCUGACCGCCGGGCCACCGCCGCCAUGGGGUUUCAUCGCGCCGCUAUAACACAGCGAGGUCACGUGCCAUCUGAAGAGCAAGUUGGUACCUGGAAUCUCAAGUCCCAGGUCAAGAGCAGGUACCACAGGAUGAGGCGCGUGGAGGAUGCUGUGAUGAGUUCGUGAGUGGUCUAGGCCGUCGUCUCCCAGUCAACUUUGGGUUGCUGGACCGUUGUCUCCUUAUAAUGUAAUUAUUUAUUUUGUAUAGAACUCCUAUUAUAUAGUAAAGAUGUGACAUUCGAUCC